CACGUCCAUGUCUCCUCGCCCACUCGCCGUUUGAAUACUCUGCUCUCCUCUCCUCCAGCGAAACUCACAGAGCAGAACACAUAGACCAGGAGGACAUACAGGAUGGUUCAACGGUCGGCCGGCCAGGGCGCGCGGCGGGGCCAGGGCCGGCAGCAGCACGACCACCCGACGGCGGCGAGGUCAGGGGGCGGGGGAAGGCGGCAUUACCAGCAGGAGCUGCUGCUGGCGCUGCACAGCAACAAGGGCAGGGGCGCGUGCCGGUUCAAGCGCAGCUGCUUCAGCGAGGAGGAGGACGCCGCGUCGUCCGCCAUGCUGCUGCUCGCCUGCGUCGUCUGCGCCCCCUCACUUUGAUGUUGAUUACCAUACCCACUGGUGAUCUCGAUCGUGGAAUCGCUAGCUUAAGUAAUUGUUUUCUCAAUUAUCCCUGUGCUACUAGUAAUUACUGUGUACUGUGUCCAGAUAUAUAACUGUGAAUGUGUAAAUCUCCACCCGUUGAUCCCCUUCCUCGGUCGCUCAACCAGUAGUGAAUUAUUGUACUCGUUUGAUCACGGAGAUUUAACAGAGCAGUUGUUCUCACCGUGUGCUUAACA